AUGGUUGCACAGCCAAUUUUCAGACGAUGCUGGUUGGUGUUCAAGAAGGCUUCUAGCAAAGGACCUAGAAGGUUAGAAAAAUUUCCGGAUGAAAAGGCAGCUUAUUUCAGAAACUUUCAUAAGGUAACUGAACUGCACAACAUCAAAAAUAUAACCAGACUGCCUCGAGAGACAAAGAAGCAUGCAGUGGCAAUUAUCUUUCAUGAUGAGACGUCGAAGACAUUUGCCUGUGAAUCAGAGCUGGAGGCCGAGGAGUGGUGCAAGCACCUGUGCAUGGAGUGUCUGGGGACCAGGCUCAAUGACAUCAGCCUUGGGGAGCCCGACCUUCUGGCAGCAGGAGUGCAGCGAGAGCAGAACGAACGUUUCAAUGUGUAUCUUAUGCCCACACCAAAUCUGGAUAUUUAUGGUGAAUGCACGAUGCAGAUCACUCACGAGAAUAUCUAUCUCUGGGAUAUCCACAACGCCAAGGUCAAAUUGGUGAUGUGGCCUCUCAGCUCUCUGAGGAGAUAUGGAAGGGACUCAACAUGGUUCACGUUUGAGUCAGGAAGAAUGUGUGACACAGGAGAAGGACUAUUCACUUUUCAAACAAGGGAAGGAGAAAUGAUCUAUCAGAAGGUCCAUUCUGCGACACUGGCCAUAGCAGAGCAACACGAGAGAUUAAUGCUAGAAAUGGAGCAGAAGGCCCGGCUUCAGACAAGCUUGACUGAACCAAUGACAUUAUCCAAAUCGAUAUCUCUUCCUCGCAGUGCGUACUGGCACCACAUCACUCGUCAGAACAGCGUGGGAGAAAUCUACAGUUUGCAAGGUCAUGGAUUUGGCUCAUCGAAGAUGUCCCGUGCACAGACAUUUCCCAGCUAUGCCCCGGGACAGAGUGAGGAGGCUCAGCAGCCAUUGUCACGGUCCAGUAGCUAUGGGUUCAGCUACAGCUCCAGCCUCAUUCAGUGACACACAGAGAGCCAGUCUGAUCAGAGACACAAUCGUCCUGGACCCGCCCAUGGGGUCAAUUGCACCCCUGCCUCCUGGAAGACAAUUGCAGUACAAAUUGAAAAAGGUCGGGUCUAGCCCCAGUCCCAUCGGAAGGUUAUAAACUGGAGUUCUGCUUCUUUGAUUCAGUGGCUAAGUCCUUUAUUUAUUGAAUUUCUUUGGGGGAAUCUAUGUUUUACCAAAAUAGAAUCCAAAUAGUCUGAACAGUUAUUUAGAAAAAUAUAAUUAUUUGGGUUUAACAGUGUCAGAAGCCAUGGUUCCAGGAGAAGUUGCCACACUGGGCCGUACAAUGUGGUGGACACCAACCCGCCCUCACGCUCAGUCCUCCUCUCUGAGCGUAGGGUCUAUCCUUGAACACAAUGGUGACCCACCACAACUCUGUUGCUCUGAGUAUUUUGACAGGGACAAAGUUCUACAAUGACAUCAUACCUCUCCAUAGACAUAAGCCCAGUGACAAUUAAGAGAACAUGAGAUUUAGAUCACACUAUUAUGCAGGGCCCUGUAGCUCUCCUACGUGUGUGCGUGUGUGUGCGUGUGUGUGCGUAGACAAGUAUAGAUACGGAUAUCGUUAUAUCCAUCUAUAUAUAACCAGUAUAUAUCAAAUGUGUGCAGAGAGUGACAGGAUAUGCUCACUUAAAUUGUUGAAAACUGUAAUUUGGUGCAUUGAAAUUAAGAUUGUUAUGUUAAGUAGUAUUUUUUAAGUAGUGUUGUUUAAGGAAAAAAAAAAAAGAGGCUUCUUAUUAGCAAACAUAUUUAUGUAGUCCAGUCUCCUCCCAUGACAAGUACAAAUGAACACACGAAGGGGAACACUUUGGAAGCUAAAACACCAGUUGGCUGUCCUAUGUCACAUUGUCAUGCUGUCUUUCUAGUUAGUGUCCCUGAAUUGUUGUCAAUGCUUCUCCUUUUGGCCAUUCAUUGAGGUAUGUGAGGAAGAGUUGCUGUGAUCACUGAUCACCUUCCAUUGAACCAUGAGGGUAAAAAAGAGAAAGAGAGACUCUAAAUGAAAAACAAUUUAAGAAAAAAGAAAAAAAAAAAAAAACCUCAGCCAGUUUUCAGUCUCCAUGAGAAUAAAUGGAUACAGGUUUGUAGAUAUAAUACUUAACUUUUCAUAGAUACCAUUUUCAGAGAGCCAUCAGGGCUCAUCAUUUACCCCAUAACCGAAAUUUGCUGGGCAUUAUUUUUCUCUUA